ACAAGUGAGCGGUGGCUGUCGGGAGCGGAGCAGCAGCGUGGAGGCAGCGAGCAGCGGCCCCGGUCAAUCAGCCCGGAUUCAAACCGUCAACCAGCCCGCACACACUGCAGCACCAGCCGCUCCGAGCACCAUGCCCUGCCGGAAGGAGAACUACAUCUUUCUGGAGCAGUCCGUCACCGUCGACUCCAAAGAGGUGGACGCGCUGGUGACCCGAAUCGGUGAAGCUCUGCAGCUCCACAACAACAACAGCGGCUGCGGCCAGAAGACGGUGUCGGUGUCCGUGUCCUGCCGGCACGGCCUCACCGGCGGCGGGGCCAGGCCGGCGGCGAUGCUCGGCGGCGGCACCGCGGCUCCAGCGCAGAAGCGCGCCGGCUGCUGCAUGCGGCUCCGGAGCCGGGGGCACCGGGGGAGCAGCAGGGCGAGCCCGUACAGCAUCCCCGGGUCAAACGGGGACCAGGACUGGGACCAGAUCAGACCGUGGAACAAGAAGAGGGUCGGCGCGGAGGAGGACGACCCGCACCGGCUCCUGCAGGACUUAAUUCUAUCGGGGAACCUGAUCAAAGAGGCCGUGCGGCGGUUGCAGUUCUCCCCGGCAGACUGUGCAGAUUUCCCGCAGGCGGCGGACACCGUGCCGAGCUGAUACCGGGACGCGCCGAGCCUCCGGCGGCCGGACAGCCACACGGACCCGGGGCACACUCACAGUGUGACCGUGACUUUACAGGACUGGUAGCUUCGUUUAUUAAUAUCAUUAGUUUGUUACGAUGCGUCGGCUAGCAGUUAGCCUAGCUGGGCUGCUAGCCCCUCGGCUACUGAGCCGGGAUGUUUAUGUUAAAUGUGUCAGAGUGGGUCAGACCUUCAGCGCGCGCGCGUGCGUGUGUGUGUGUGUGUGUGUGUGCGCGUGAGAGCUAGCAGGCUAACGCUAGCCCGUCGUCACUUGGACUCGUGUGAUUCCUGAACAAUGGAUGUUUUCCUCAGCUCGGCGGAUGAUGGCGUCACAGGAAGUUGGAGCUUCCUCGUUGUUGUUAUUUACCACUUCAUCCCGGAACUGCCUCGUGUUUGAACUGGGUGUCUCCGUGGAGCUGUUCCCCGCUCAGCCACCAGGGGGAUGGGGGGGGUCACACUGGUUUGUUUACAGUCUGAAGCUGGAAGCUGCUGUACAACGAGAGAAGGGGACCCCCCCCCCCCUCCUUACUUUUCUCUCAGUUCAGUUCAUGUUGUUCAGUUUGUCCUUUAACUCGGAGCUGAUGUCUCUGAGCUGCAGGCGUCUCCUCAGUGUCUGAGGGGAGCUGCACACCACACACACACAGGGAUGAAGUGCAGGCACGAGGAAGAGGAGGAGACAUCAACACCGGGCUCUGGGUGACGUGAAGCCAUUUGUAAUGCUUGUGUGUGAAUGGGGGCUGGAGGUCGAUGGUCACAUGACUUUGGUGGUGCUUUCACAUUUUUCCAGAAUUCCAGUGAGGAGUUCUGUCUGUUUUUUAUUUGUUUCUUCUCUGUGUAAAGAAAAAUCACCACGACUGCUUCGUAACGAAGUUCCCGAUAAUGUUCCUGAGUAUUCAGGCCUUUUUCUGUUGAUGUCUUAAUAAACACUUUUGUUUUUCCAAA